AUGGGUAAAGGGCUCGCGAGACUUAUCGGCUCAGGCAUUGGCUUCACCUCUGAAGCCAUUCAUGCAGCCCGACACCGUGAUAAAGACUCUAUCUCUGCUUCUCCCUCUCAAUCCGCUUCAGAGACCCCUCGCUCUAUUCCUGAUGCGGAUAGAGCGAGCGGCGACAUAGUCGCCGCCGGUAACCAGACAGCUGAUGUAGUCCCCCGCGAGGGCUGCGCAGAGCUGGGCAACGAGAGAGCGCUACCAAUAAGGGUCUCGGAGCUCCCAACGGAAGGAGAGCUCCCUCCCUACUCACCCGGCUCAAAACGACAGAGCAAAGCCACCGAAGCGGGAUAUCCAUCGGACGUUGACGAGAAGAGUAUUCGCCACCCGUCUGAGACGGAGUAUGACUCCGACAACGCCAAUUCCGACAUCAGAAAUGACCGGGAGCGGUCGAUGAAUGGAGAUGAGGCUGCCUGGCAACUCGAUGAAGCAACCGAAGAAUUCGGAUUGCCCACAUAUGAUCAGUCGCAAUCUAGGCCAGGUGCAGAAGGUGUUCAGAGGGACCUCGAGACGGCUGCUGAUAAUGACUCCGACGAGAUAAACGCGGAGGACUCUGAGGACGAGCAGGCGAAGAAGAGAGAGCGCAUGGUUCGCGCACUUGUGGCGAUGGCAGGGCCACCACCUGCGCAGCCGCAGCGACUCCCGUGUCCUGUGAUUAUUCCUCAGCGCAGGCCCGGCGCUAAGAAGCGCGGGUUUGUGCGUGCAUAUGCGCCUGUGUUGGCCGACUGCGGUAUCAGCCAGGAUGUGUUCCUGAAGUUCAUCAGUGACUUCCAUAAAGCGAGUCAGGCUUCCUUGUGGCUCCAGGUCAUCGUUGUCGCAGCCAAUGUCACUUCCUUCUCCCCUUCAUUGGCAGUCGCGUUGACCGCCGCGGCUAUCCAAAUUGUAGCAGACACAGCACAGCAAUUCCAGAUCCGUCACCGUACCAACAGCUAUCUUGAUAGGGUGAACCAAGAAAUCUUCAUGCCUCGUGGUCAAUACGCGAUGAUCAUGAAAUUCACGGAUCGACCUCCUAAGCCGACGAAGAAGCAAAAGGCGAAUUCCCCUGUUUCCGAAGCUGACCGACUUGGCGGACUCUUCUCAACUGAGCAGGUCAAUUUCAAUCAGUCAGGUGCGCCGGCAGACGUCAGCCCUAACCUACCUCAGCCAGAGAGACCAGAUUUCGAUGCGGCCGCGACAAUCUCCAAGUUUACCCACAGCGAGCAGCACCCACAAAUGAACGCGUGGAAGCAGCACAUGAAGCAUUAUCGACUAGAAAGUGGCGCGACUCAAGGCGAGAUGCAGCUUCCGGAGUGUGCGCCGCUAGUAUUCCCGGAGAUUGAUCGAGCUGCGAUACGAGUAAGGGAUGGCCUGGAGCCCAAGUCGAAUUUUCAGUCUGGGAGAACCUGGGUUCGGGACUACAUCGAUAGAAAGUCACAGGCAUCAUUUGAAGCCGAGCAUAGGGGGUCUGCGGUGGCUGUCCCCGAGUCAGGACGAAAGACCUUCAUUUCACGCUACAAUGACCCCAGCCACCCAGUGAAUAGUGGGAACCUUCUCUCAACCCUUAGCGGCGGCCUGUAUAAGCCAAAACCAAGUCUAUUUGAUCGUGCUGGGGCUGCAAUCAAGGAAUCCCGAGACAAGAAGCGGGCUGCUCAGGGUCUUCCUCCGAGUGAAACCUGGAAAGAGAAGUGGGCCCAAAAGAAGAAGGAAAUUGGCAGCAGAAUUAAGAUCCUUAGGGAGGAUGUGAUGUAUCUGAUGAUCGUCAACAUGCCCACUGAGGAAGAGCUAAGGGAGUCGGUUGCUAAGUUGCAAUACCUCGCGCAGCAAGGAGAUCUCGAAAAGGAUGGAACCGGAGGGCCAUCCCUCGACGUGACUGGCUGGGAUGUAGCUGGUAUAGUAACUGCUGCUGCUAGUUAA